AUGCGGUGGUAUCUGUUGCUGGUGUUGGUUAUUAGCCUUCACUGGAGGCAGGUCAUCACGGCACCGACGGAAUUGGCACGAGAUGUCAAUCCCUUACUCGAUCCCAGAGAUGAGGCAGACGCGACAGCCACCACGACAGACAAUGCUCCUACUCAGACCGCGACAGCCACAGUAUCUGGGACUGCUUCAGCAUCCACGACCAAUACUAAUUCAGCUGCUACUACUGCUUCGACCUCUACUUCCAAUUCCACAUCGCAGACGUCCCAGUCCAGUCAACUCGCCUCCGAUACCUCGGUCCCCUCACUCGGUACAUCUUCCUCGGGUUCGGGCAGUCAAUCGAGCACCAACUCAACGAAGAUGACCUACAGUGGAGGGCUUCCUAUUCAACCUAAAAUCACACCGGCACUGGGUGUUGGAGGUUUCAUACUUCUGGCAGCGGGUGCAGCUUUGGCAUUUGUCGGAAUAAGGAAACCGAGAAUUUACAUUUUCCUGUCGACCGGAUUUGUGGCAGCGCUAGGUGUUACCGUAUUGAUCGAAUAUGUGAUGAGUCCACCAGCAAGCAAUGCAGUGCAAGGCGCAUACCUGGUCGCCAUUUUUUCCACUGGUGCCAUAUUCGGUGGCCUUGCGCUUGUGUUCAAAGAGAUCACCGAAGGCCUGUGCUGUCUUCUCGGUGGUUUCUGCAUCGGAAUGUGGCUUAUAACCCUAAAAGCUGGUGGUCUUGUUACCAAAGACGGACCGAAAGUGGGAUUCAUCCUCGCAUUUGCUGGAGGAUUCUACUGUCUUUCGUUCAGUCGCUACACUCGAUCAUAUGGAUCUAUUCUGUGUACUGCGUUUAGUGGUGCGACAGCGAUAGUCCUUGGUAUUGACUGCUACAGCCGAGCUGGACUAAAAGAGUUCUGGCUCUACAUCUGGGAUUUGAAUGAUGAUACAUUCCCAUUGAACACUUACACGUACCCUAUCACGCGUAGCAUCCGUGUCGAGUCCGCUGUCAACAUGAUUGUUGCCAUCUUCGGUGUGAUCUUCCAGCUGAGGCUGUGGAAGGUCAUCAAAGAACGGCGAGAGAAGGAGGAGGCCGCGCGCCAUGAAGCGGACAAGGCUAAGGAAGAAGCCGAAGCUGAAAUGGGCCGACAGAUUGAAGAGAAAAACAUGAAGGAGCGAGCCGAAUGGGAGCAAAUGUAUGGCAAUGGCAGCGAUGGCAAAACGCCAUCCAUGUCCGAGACCGCGGUGGCCGAUUCUCGCAGAGGAUCCGAUAACUUUGGGUCCGUCAAUGAGAAGGGCAACUCGGUCGAGAUGAAGGAAAUUGGCAGCGCUGAUCAGUCUGCCCAAGCCUCUGAAUCCGGGAACAAUCUCGAAGCCGUUGAGGAGGUUGCUGCAGAGGCAUCAGGUGAAACCCCAGAUGCCCAGCACCCACAGGGUUUCGAUGAGCAAGCCAUUCAGGAGGGUCAAGGAACUUCAGAUCAACCAGGUGUUCCAGCUUCGGUCCCAAGGGCAUUACUACUUGAGACCAAUAUCCCCGCUGAUACCGACUCUGAACAUGGAGCUGUCAUUGGGUCCGAAGUAGGAUCGCCACGAUCAAAGCGAUUCUCGGGUCGAUCACUCGUGAACAGAAUGUCAUGGAGAAGUGCCCAUGAGUUUUCUUACCAUGCAAGGUCAGAGUCGCAGGAGGCUCUGGUUACUGCCGACUCAUCUUCCACUGUAGCUGGAAUCAUUGACGACGCUCUAAGCGUUGUCUCCGACAGGGCCAGUCUCGUGUCUGAGGCCGAUGAAGCUGCACCUGAGGCUGCUCAAGAGACCGCUCAGGAUACACCGAAAGAUGCCUCCAAUGAUGAUGCGGCUUCUGAGGCUACUGAAACCAACCCCUUCGCCGAUCAGAAGUCCCGAGCGACUGGCUCAGAGCCUGAAACCAUCAUUCAUGCGGGCGCUCAGGACACUGAGACUACGGUCACGGAUGUUAAUGAGGAGACAAAACUCGAGGUAAUCAAGGAAACAGUCAUUCCCGAAUCGAAUAAGAGUGUCAAAUCAAACAAGAGUGUCAAAUCGAAUAACACUGUCAAUGCAAAGAUUGCUGCAUUUGAAAAGGUGAUUACCGGGUUCACUACUGAAGCAAAGACCGAACAGACCACUCUCAUUGCAACAAGCAGCACUAUCGAACACAAAACGGAGGUUCAAAGCACUAAUGACCCCAAAUGUACACCAAGUUCAGCUCCUCUUGCUGCAGAAGAGAUACCCGACAAGCAGAAAACUAUGACUGAGAAGAAUGAGGAGACAAAAUCUGAAAAAUCAGUUUCAGAGAGCAAGUCGAUUGUUCCCCCUGCCAGCGAGCAAAAAGCUGAGGAGCCUCCGGCUGCUCCUGUCUCCCUGGCCGGCAGCGUGAAGGAAAUCCAACCUGAUCAGCCGGUACUUCUGCAAAAGCCAAAGCGGGUGGAGAAACCCAAGUUGGAUACUUCCACUGUGCAGACCAUUCCCGAGCGAACCUCGAGAAUCGUCAACAAUUUCCGCACCAGAGAAUGGGCAAAGCAUCUCGCAGAUGCGGAAGCUCCUGAAUUCGAGCCCAUCGAAAUUGAGCCCGAAAUGCCAGAGGAGAUCGAGGCUCCGGAGGAAGCCCCUGCACCAGUUGAUAUGAAAGGUCUACUGCAGACUCCUCUCAACGCCCAGCCUCCCCCAGUCAUAGCAAGCACUGCUCCAACAAUCCCCGAUCAGCCUUAUGUUGAGCCUCCUGUGCCAAUCACAUCUCCGGUUCUCCCUCAACCCACGAUUCAACCAACCCCUCAGCCCAUCUCACCAGUGCAGCCCACAGCUACGCCCAUUUCCCCUCUUGUAGCUCACAAUAUGUCAUCAAUUGCGCUUAGUCCACUUGGACCGACCGACAUGACUGCAAUGCGCAACAGCGUUGCCGCUCCUCGCUUGACUGUCGCUAUUCCACAUGAGCCAGAACCACCUGUGGAGACUCCUCGCUGGAGUGGGCCACCACCUCUUUUGGCAGUGCGGGAGACAAUGAUGCGAAACAGAUUGUCGUCAACCUCCCUUCGCUACGAUCCAUGGACGUCCACCAGAAGUCAAUCACGCCAGUCUCUUGGUGAACCCAUGAGGGUCGUCUCUCCGACCAUGCCCAGCCCUCAAGAGAGAGAUGAGAUUGUCGAAGAAACCUUCCAACAGGCUCCAGACGACGUUCCACUUUCCCAGCGACGAGCUAUGUUGCAGCGUCAGACUGGAGUAUCCUCAUCCUCGUCUAGUAGUCACAGCUUGGAGCAGAUCCGACCACCAGUCCCACCAGCCCACUCUCAGGCUCACCUCCCAACUCAUGGACCUGCUCCUGUCGACCCAGACAGAUCUGCAGCUUUCAUGGCAGCGUGGCGACAAUCCGUGCGCGAGGAUAUUAAUAAGAGCCGAGACACACUGGCAUUCCAGUCCCCUCCGCCCCCACCAAACAAUCCUGAACGCUCUCGCAACACAUGGAAAUCCGUGCAGCAAAUGCGUGAGGCCUCGACAACUCAACUCGACACCGUCAUUGCCGAUGAGAUGCAACGGGGAAAUAUGACGGACCUACACCGCAAAGCGAUGAGACGCAUGCAAGCCUCCGCAAACCGCAAACUAUAG